AUGGACCAGAAGCGGACGCAGGAAGCGUCCGAGACCGACUUCACGACCAGAGGCGGCCGCCCGGACGCGACGUCUGGCACCGGCAAGCCGCAGACCUCGCCGUGCAAGAGAGGUCCCGAGAUUCCGGACGAGGCGGGGACGGUCAAUGGCGAGCAGGCCCCGGCGGCGUCGCUCGCCUGGGUCCUCACGACCUGCGCGGAAACGGUCGUCGAGUGCACCGACAAGGUCGACUUCGCGGACGCCUGCGUCGCCGUCGGCCCGGUGCACUGCUCUCAGCUCACGACCGAGACGGUCCCGCGGCUCCUCCUGCGCGAGAACCGCGAGCUGGUCAUCGAGCAGGGCCGCGGCUGGGCCGAGAACGACCAGCCGUUCGCACUCACCGUGGCGCAGCACCUCGCCGCGGUGCGCGAGUGGAUCGCCUUCGAGGAGGACGGCCGCGGCCUCAGCGCCGAGAGGUGGGUCCAGGAGGACAUUAGCCGGCUACUGAGCUCGAUUAAAAAUAACCAGAACUGGAUCAAGAGCUACAACCCCGACGAUCCGUCGCCGUAUUAUCGGGACCGGCCCGACCCUCGGCCCGGGUACGAGAAGAGGAUCGCCGAGAACGAAGCUGAAAUCAAGCUCAUCCGGGAGCGGGGCUUUGAGACCGCGCCCGCGGAUCCGCGCCGCGCCGCGUUGCUCUCGCGCCUCGAGGCCACCGUCUACUGCCACGGCGCCAUCCACGUGCCCGCGGACAUGGACAACGGCGGCGAAUACCGAGACUGGGGCAACUCCAAGGAGACCUCCGUGGUCGUUUCUCUCGGCGCGCCGGCCGGCCGGCGGACGCUGUUCGUGUGCAGCGCGGCGGAAGGCAACAUCUGCGAUGCCGGGUGCUGGUGCGCGGGGCACGAGAUGUACUCCGUGCACGCGUUGCUCGAAGGCGCCGCCGCCGACGACGCGCCUCCCGAAGGCGGGAAGACGCGGGCUUUCGGUACGGAUCAGCAAGUACUGACGAAGCGGGCGGCGCCUGAGGAUGACAAGGAGGACAAGGAGGAGACGGGGCUUGGCUGGGUGCGCGUGCUGGCCUACGACUUCUCCACGGGCAAUGCGGGCGGCAUCCACGGCGCCGGCCUGUACACGGCCACCGAGGGCGACGCGGCGCGCCUCGUCGCGCGCCUCGGUGUCGAUGCGUCGGACCUCGGUACUGCCGUGCGCCUCGUCGUGCUCGCGGCGAACGUCAAGGGCGCGGGCCGCAAGCAGUGGGGCAAGUUAGAGCAGGCGCACGUCGACCCCAAGCGGUUUGAUUACGAUAGUGACUGCGGCUACAACGUGGAGACCUGGCCCGACAACCCGCGGCCCGACGACUAUCGCAUCCGCGGGGUCUGCGGCGCCGGCGCCGUCGUUACGUUCCCACGCAUCGGCCCGGCCGACGCGGAGCGCAAAGAGCCUCGGUUUGCGCGCGACGCGAUGAGAAGCUGCGGCGAGUCUCCCCGCGGCGUCCUGAAGCGGCUCAAGAAGAAACUGUCGGAGGCGCUCGAGCCCGCCGCGCUCGAGUCGCUCCCGCGCCUCGUCGGAGCUCUCCCCAGCUCCUACUACCUCCACGACAUCAUUGACGAGAUCGACGAGGCGCAUUACCAGCGGGAGCUCAAGCAUUUCAAGUCGUACAGCCCCGACCGGGACCCGGAUCCGGAGGAGGAGGAGUACUGGCGCCACGAGACCAAGCACUCCAUCUCCUAG